AUGGCUUUCAUUCCAAGAACUCGUGACACAGAGUUGUUGUCGCCAGUUGUUAGCAAUGGUCAUAUCUCUACAAAAGAAGAUAAGUUGCAGAUAGAUAUUGAAGAGAUUCUUCCCAUCACUGAGUGCAAUGGCGAGACACAACCUAAAUUGGAUUCCAUUAUCUCUCACUAUAUCCAAAGACUAAAUAAACUCAACGCUGUACGAAAUACUAAUGAUCGAGUUUCAUGGACUUCAGGUUACCCGGAAAAUCAAAACUUCAACUAUGGCACAUUAGCACCAUUGCUUAAUUUUCAUUUGAACAAUGCUGGUGAUCCAUUUCAAGGGUGCAGUUUCUCCCUGAAUUCAACAUCUUUUGAAGUUUGCCUGCUCGAUUGGUUCGCAAAUCUAUGGGAGAUAGAGAAGAAUCAGUAUUGGGGAUACGUCACAACAGGUGGAACCGAAGGGAAUCUUCAUGGGAUUUUAGUUAGCUCUUCGGACUCCGGAGAGAUUAAUUGUGAUGAACUAAAGACGUUACUUCUUGCUCACAAGGACAAGCCAGCCAUCAUCAAUCUGAACAUAGGGACAACUAUGAAAGGAGGAGUUGAUGACCUUGAUCUUGUAAUAGAAGUACUCAAGGAAUGUGGUUUUGCUCAUGACCGAUUCUAUAUUCAUUGUGAUGGAGCUUUAUUCGGAAUGAUGUUGCCUUUUAUCAAAGAAGCACCAAAGAUUACCUUCAAGAAACCCAUUGGAAGUAUAGCCAUUUCUGGGCACAAGUUUUUGGGAUGUCCAAUCCCUUGUGGUAUUGUAAUAACUCGUUCACAAUACAUGAACGCAUUAUCUAGAGACGUUGAAUAUAUUGCUUCAAGAGAUGUUACGAUCACGGGUAGUCGUUCUGGGCAUGCUCCCAUAUUUCUUUGGUAUGCCAUCAAAAGAAAAGGUUUCGUGGGGCUUCAAAACGAAGUGCAAAAUUGCAUAAUGAAUGCAUGCCAUUUACAACAUCGAUUACGUGAUGCUGGAAUUGGUGCCAUGUUAAACAAGUUUAGCAACAUUGUUGUCUUUGAAAGGCCUCUGGACGAAGACUUUAUCCGUAAGUGGAGUUUGGCAUGCAUGGGAAACAUUGCUCAUGUAGUAGUCAUGCAGCAUGUUACCACUGAAAUUUUGGAUUCCUUUGUUUCUGAAUUUCUUCAAAAACGAUCCAUUUGGUUCCAAGAUGGACGAUUUCUACCUCUGUGCAUUGCAGAUGACGUUGGUUCUAGACAUUGUGCUUGUUCAAGACACAAUUCAAUGUCAUGA